UUAUGAUUGUAGUGUUGCCGAGUUAAUAUCUGUAAUUUCCGCGAUGAUGCAACUGUUGGAAAAGUUGCCUGGCAUCACUGUAGAAAGGUACACACUGAUGGAACGAAGUUAUACGUUUCAUGCUGGUGACAACAGGCGAUCAAAGCCUGUACCACCAAGCCAAAGCAAGCCACGCGCAAACUCGGCAAAGAGGGAGAGAAACAGAGAACUUCAGCGGGAAACGGCGAUUGAAAUGCCGGUUAGAAUUAAACCAGCGCCCGUCCAUCAACCACGGCCGAGCAGCAAACGUACAAUUCGUACCGAGUUCGAGGUAUAUGGGAACAGACUACAAGAUCCCACCAAGGCAAAAGACGAAAACGAUAAUUUAAAAACGGAAAUGACGCAAAUGCCUAAAUCGAUCCUGAAGCGCACGGGGUCAGGGGUCAGCACGAGGUCAUCAAGGUCAAUCGGUGUUUUAUCUCUCGAUUCUGGAAUGGCGAAACUCGCGGCUUCAUUAUUCAACAAUCGGAAAUCGAAUGACGUCAAGGGGAACGGUGACGUCACGAGAACAAGUGAAAAAAGAACUACUCGCGCUAAAAAGGGGCAACUGGGGAAUUCCACGGACCCCAACUCCUUACCAGCUGUUGGGGGUAAACGGGGGUCAAACCUUACAGAAGGGAAACCCCCGAUCGGGAAUAACCCGCGGCAAAUCGUGACGUCACCAAGCAAGAGCGUUAGUUUCAAACUUGAACCAGAAACGCAUGAAGAUGACAUCAUUGUUACGAAAAAGGGCGGGGCCCGGUGGGGCGUGGCAUUUUCAACCAAUCAGGAACGAAAGAAUUUCUACGCACAAGAAAGGUUAAACUACCCAAGUGACGGUAGAUCAAGCGGUCGAAGUUAUGACAAAACUAAAGGUCAAACACAGUAUAAACUAGAACGACCACCAACUGAAGCUCACCCAUCCACUGCCCUCUUGCGCCCACGUGCGGACGGAGGAAUUACCGGCGUCUCAGGAAUUCAUUUGAUGGCUGACCCUUAUAGAAGGUACCUGAUGGCUCGAGCUAUUGACCAAUCACAACGCUUUGCGGUCCGUGAAAAUCCGAAACUUGCCGAAACAAAAGAAAUGAGAAAAGCGACUAAAAUUAGCGCACAUAUCGAGCCAAGUAUCAGCGGGGAUUCGGGGCUCGGAAUCCGGCGGAGUUAUGCCCAAACUCUCCCUUCUAUUAAACACGGAAGAUAGCAUUGUUACGAAACAAAACUUAUUAUUGCACCAUGAAGCACAUAUUGUGAUGCAACACAGCGCCGCGAUUUAUAAAUAUAUAUCUGUCUAAAUUGUUUUUCUUAUGUUGUAACAUUAAAUUGCCAAAACAAUCU